AUGCCCGACAAGGGCAAGAAAAGAGCAGCAGAAUGGUGUACCUUCUGUGAAAUGGGUGGCCACACCUGUGAGGAGUGCCGCCGCUGGGCUGGAUGCCAGCGGGAUAUGGCCAAUACCAUCAAGGCGGCCAUAAAGGACGAGUGGAAGCCGCAGCCAAAGGCCAAAGGCCAUAAGAAGGCCCGCCGCCACCACCGCGGGGGCCAGAAGGUCAAAGGACCAGCGCCCCGCCUCGAUUGCCCCCUCCUGCUCGCACCUCCCCUGCUCCUCGCACCUCCCCUCCCCCUCCUGCCAACCCCCCCUCCUCCAUCUGCUCCCUCUGCGGAGGUCGCUGGCCCCGCCACUUCUUCCUCCCUGCCCGUGGACACCAACACCACUGCUCAGGGUAGCCCUGGUGUGGAACCUGGCCUGCUUUCGAGACUAGUGCAGGUCUCUCAGUCCGAAGCAGAGCUUCUCGUCCGCGUCCUGGAGAAAAUCAGGAAGGAGGGGAGCGUCUGUGAGGACUUCGUAGAGAAUCCACUGGUUGACGAACCAGGUCAGGAGUCCACCCAGGGCCCCUGUGAAGAACCCGAAGAUGAUGGCAAGCGGGAGUAG